CUCAUUUUUUGGGAUUAGUCUGCACACUGCUCGAGCAUGUGAUAAGUGCACCGCGUCUUCGCGUUUGAAUAAAUUUUUUUUUUUUUUAAGUUAAUGUAAAUGUUUUUUUCUCACUCUUGACGAUUUGAAAACUCGAAGCACUUUAUUUUUGUGAAUUAUUCUAAACGUUUUUAACAACAGUAUAAUUAUUACUGCCUCAUCGCUGCUUCGCAACCAUCAAAUGAUAUUGUUUUGUGAUUUGACUUUCGGCUGACUUAACUCAUGGAAAAUCAAAUUAAAAUUAAGCCCACAACUAGUGAUUUAAUAGCCGCUAGAAAAAGGGAAUUCUUGGAAACAAAUAAUAUAAAAGGUCGGCAAAUGUAUGACCACGUGCAAGACGAUUUUAAAAAUGCUAGAAGUUUUAUUGACAAAUCAAUUAAAAGUACUGGAAUUAUCUAUGAUGAUCGGUUUUCUAACCAUUUGUGUGCUUGGGAUAUUAAUUAUCCAGAAAAUCCCCAACGAUAUGAAUCUAUCAUUAAAAGAUGUAAUGAAUUAGGAUUAAUUGAAAGAUGUAUAAGACUACAGUGUCGGAAUGCCACCAAUGAUGAGUUAUUAAUGAAACAUUCCCAAAGUAUAAUAGACAUAUUAAAAUCUACUGAUAACACACAAUCAUUUGAUCUCUUACAAACAUUGUCUUCUAAAUUUGAUGCAAUUUACUUUCAUCCAUCAACGUAUAAGCAAUCUUUGUUAGCUACAGGUAGUUCAAUAGAACUUGUUAAAGCAAUUUGUGAAAAUAAAAUACAAAAUGGAAUGGCUUUUAUCAGACCUCCUGGACAUCAUGCUAUGAAAGCAGAAUUUUGUGGCUAUUGUUUUUUCAACAAUGUAGCUAUAGCUGCUGAAUAUGUUCUUCGCCACUAUUCAGUCUCCAAAAUUUUAAUUGUGGAUUGGGAUGUUCAUCAUGGACAAGCUACACAGCAAAUGUUUUAUGAUGAUCCAAGAGUAUUGUAUUUUUCUAUUCACCGUUACGAAAAUGGACAAUUUUGGCCCAAUUUGCGUGAAAGUGAUUGGGAUUAUACUGGUAAUGGCGAUGGCCAAGGUUUCAAUAUUAAUGUACCACUUAAUGCUACUGGCAUGCGAGACACUGAUUACCUCGCUAUUUUUCAUCAAAUUUUAUUACCAGUUGCUUCAGAAUUUCAGCCCGAUCUUAUAUUAAUAUCAUCUGGUUAUGAUGCUGCUCUAGGAUGUCCUGAGGGAGAAAUGGAAGUUACACCUGCGUGUUAUGCUCAUUUAGUUCAUUCUCUUAUGGGUUUUGCGUGUGGCAGAGUUGCUGUUUUACUGGAGGGAGGAUAUUGUUUGAAAUCAUUAGCAGAAGGAGCAGCAUUAACUUUAAAAUCAUUACUCGGGGAUCCAUGUCCUGCACUCGAUAUGACUAGCAAUCCUAGUAAUAGCAUUGUGCAAACAAUACAGAAUGUAAUUUUUGCACAUCAAAAGUACUGGAAAUGUUUUCAAGUUGACUUUUUAUAUCAAUCGUUCAGGGCAUUAUCUAUGUAUUCAUACGAUGAAGAACCAUUGAGUGAAUUUCCAACUGCUAACUGUUACCCUACUCAAGAUAUUUCAAAAAUAGAUGAAUUUUCUGUUCUUCAACAUUUAAUUUCUGAGACCCAAUUAUUAAACAUAAAUAAUAAAGUUUGUGUUUCGUUUGAUCUGAUAAUGGACCAAAAACAUGAGAGCAGCGAAAGUGGACAUCCAGAAUGCCCUGGUAGAAUAAGUGCAAUUUUAAACAUGUUCAAUGAAUUUCAAUUGACACAUCGACUUUUAAUUUUACCAUCGAGAGAAGCUGAAGAAAGUGAAUUACUCCUUGCUCAUUCUAAAGAACAUAUAGAUGAAAUGUCAAAUUUAUAUAAAUUAUCGCCAUCAGAAUUAAGCGAUAAAGAAAAAUGUUAUGAUUCUGUGUAUUUGACUACUGAUACAUUUAAAGUCUCAACACUAGCUUCUGGGUGUUUGUUGCAAGUAGUUGAUUCUGUAAUGAAUAAUGAAAGUGCGUCAGGUGUUGCAGUAAUUCGUCCUCCUGGGCAUCAUGCAGAACUUGAUAUAGCUUGUGGUUUCUGUAUUUUUAAUUCUGUUGCUAUUGCUGCUAACUAUGCUUUAAAUAAGUAUGGUCUCAAAAGAAUUAUGAUUCUGGACUGGGACAUACAUUUUGGCAAUGGCACAAUGCGAGCAUUUAGUUCGGAUCCAAGAGUUUUGUAUGUAUCAAUACAUCGUUACCAGAAUGCAAAAUUUUUUCCAUGCUCUGAAGAAGGUUCCCAUAAGGUGACAGGUUCAGGGAGUGGAGAAGGAUAUACCAUUAAUAUACCUUGGAAUAAAAAUGGUAUGGGUGAUGCUGAAUACAUUUCAGUUAUGCAAAAUAUAAUUUUACCAAUUGCUUAUGAAUUUUGUCCUGAACUUGUCUUGGUGUCAGCUGGAUUUGAUGCUGCAAUAGGAGAUCCACUCGGAGGUUGUAAGGUGACACCUGAAUGUUAUGGACAUCUCACACAUUUUUUAUCAUCCUUAGCUAAUGGUAAAGUCAUACUCGCCUUAGAAGGAGGUUACAAUAUAGAUGCAGUUUCGUAUUGUAUGACCAUGUGCACAAAAGCUUUACUUGGAGACCCUCUACCACCUUUAGACCUGGAAUAUCCUAUUUGUAAAAAUGCUCAGAAAACAAUAAAAAGAGUAAUUAAUGUACAAAAAAAUUAUUGGUCAUGUUUUAAGUUUUUCAAUUAUGAAAGAACAAGUAAACACUCGUUUAGUAUUAAUGAUUAAAUGCUUCAAUAGUUAUUGUUAUAUUGUUGAUCAAUUUAGUUAUAAUACCUAUGAUAAUUUUUGUAAUUUAAGUGUCAUGGUUUUUAAGUAUUUAUAUAUAUUAUACAAUGUUUAUGUAUAUUAUUUACUAGUAUUGUAUUUUUUCUCACUUAUGUUAUUUAAUUUUGGAUAUGCUUACUGAUUUUACUGUUAAAUGAAAUAUUAGUUUCUAAUUGUUAUUAUACCGUGACAUCAAAAACUACUCACUUAUAAUACAAUGCAACAAUUCAAACAUUUUGAAAAAUUAUAAUACAAAUAGAAAUAAAUAUUUUAUUGUUUAUUAAAGAUUUAACUAAAAUUUCUAAAUCACAAUUUUUCAAAAAUUAUUUUUUGUAAUUUAAUGGGUUAAUUUAAAUUAAUACUAGUAUUUAUUUAGUAUCCUUAAAAAAAUGGUAAAACAAUAAUCCUUGUUCAUAAACAUUCACACUAUUGAUGAUCAUAACUGAUGAAUCCUACUAUCAAUUUUGAUCCAUAAUUAUCUAAGUUAAAAGUUAAAAUCAGUUAUGUAAUUAUUUUUUAAUUAAAAAUAUUCUAUCAUUAUUAUAAACUUUUUUAGAAUGUUGAAUUGUAUGAAGUUUUAUAUUUAUAUUUUUGAUUUUUUUUACAGUGAUAUUUAUGGAUUGUAAUAGUUUCCAGAUAAUGAUAAAAUUCUUUUAGCAUAUUUGAUGAAUAUUAAAUAUUUUUGCAUAUUUUGUACAUGUUAAAGUAAUAAUUAAUUUGAAUAUUAUUUUUAUAAAACUAAAACAAUAUUUUGUUAAAUAGAAAUGUCUAAUAAUAUAUUUUUAACAAUAAUAAUUUUGAACAUACUGUUUUUUUUUUUUUUUUUGAUAAACUGUAUCAAUAUUAUCAUUUUUAAUAGGAAAUACACUUAUACUUGUUUAUAAACUUUCAUAUUCAUUAAAAUAAUUAAUUGUUUUCCAUUAAGUACCUAAUUAAGCUGUUAAAUUAAUUUUAUAACACAUAAGUUAAUGAUUAUUAAAUAAACAAUUUAAUUAUGUAGAUUUUUGAUUACAUAAUUUAUAUAUUUAUUGCAUGUUUCUAUGAUUUUUACUGCAUAUAUAAUUAUUUUUAUUGCCUACAAUUCAUUCAAACUUAUAAUAAUAUAAUAUAUACGGUUUAAACAUCAUUAAAAAUAAUAUAAUUAAUAGUAUACAAUAUUUAGUAUGCAUUUUCUUUAUUGCAAUUGAUCAUGAAGUACGGAAAAUUUGUUAAUAAUUAUUUUUCAUUUACUUUUUUUGUUCAACAUAAUUAAUAUUAUAUAACACAUCAUAUUUAAUUACAAUUGCAUUUAUAAUAUGGUUUUCGUAUUGUAUAAUUAGUUACCUCUCUAAAAUAUGGUUAUGUGGCACAAUACAGGUAAAAUUAAGACUAAUUUUGUUCAAAAUGUUUUUGUUACUUUGUGUAAAUUGUACAAAUGUUCUUACAGCUAUUUUAAUAUUUUCACGUUACGAAUAGAUUAUUCACAAAUGUAAGUUAUCUGAUUUUUAAUUUUUACUUAUAAUAUUAGUGUAACUUAAUAUUACAUUGUUGUUAGAUAUGCUAUAAUUAUUAAUUAUAAACUUAAAAAUUAUUUUUUUCUUUAAAUAAUGAAAUGUUAUAAAUAGAUUUCAUUUUAUUAUUGAAACAUGAAUAUAAUUUCUCAACAUCAAAUUAUAUCCUUCAUAAAAUAAAAUAAAUGUAAAAACAGUGGGUACUUUUAGGUAGUAUAAUAAUAGUAAGUCAAAUUUACUUAGCGUAAUUUCUGUGUCAGUGAUAAAUAAUUGUAUGCCUGUAUUAUACCAAAACAAAACGUUUUAAACACAUGAUAUUAAACAAAUAGUGUUUACUUAUAAGUAAUAAACAAUAAAGCUUGUCCAAUUAUAUUUUACA